AUGAGAGGCAUAAGUCAAGAUACUGCUGCAUACCAUCCUGGACUUUACUUGACUCCUGCUCAGACUGAAGCUGUGGAGGCACUCAUACAAGAACUUCCAAAGUUCAGGUUAAAAGCUGUCCCAGAUGAUUGCGGUGAAUGCUUAAUCUGCUUAGAGGAGCUCCAUAUUGGACAUGAGGUUAGAGGUUUACCUUGCGCCCAUAAUUUCCAUGUGGAGUGCAUAGACCAGUGGCUGCGUUUGAACGUGAAAUGUACUCGGUGCCGUUGCUCAGUUUUUCCAGACCUUGAUCUCAGCGCAUUAUCCAACCUCCAGAGUUCAUCAACACAACAGCCCUCCUCACAGGGGAAGGAAACAACAUAAGCUCGGUACAUAAGAAGCCAACCACAAAGCGAGAGCUACUUCCUGAGACUUCAAUCUCUAAUUCACCCGGUCCAUACAGACACCGCUCUGGAGUUUGCAAUACCUUAA